CCUUGCAUCGCCUUUCUGGAGCUCACCUCGCGCUUCGGCCUUCGUUACGGCCACCAUUCGAUAUCGACCGCUUGCUCCCACAGGCGAACAACAUCGAAAGCAACGCAAGCUGCUCAACUCCAUCUUCUCCAUCGCCCACAUGCGUCUCAUCUCAUCAUCGACGAAGUCUGUCUGAUAGUGGGUCUGUUUCCUCAUCCACUGGCUUGUCCUAGGCGCCGACGGACCUGUCCCUAUCACCGCUGCAGAACGCUCUCGACUCGCGCAUCGAUGGGAACGACACGGUCGAGACAGACAUGCUGACGUGGAUGGACCGCAUCGCCCUCGACGGGACUGGGUCAUUUGUUCGACCCGCUCGUCACAGACAAAGCGUCAGGACGAACUACGCGAGCGCAAUCAAACUGUUCCAGCCUAUGCAGGCGGAGGUGCCUGCUACGCCGCCUCGUGCCCUACGUCAGCGAUCUGGGCCCGCCCGCGAUCUGCCGGUGGCUCCUGGACAUGUUCCCCCACAAAGGCGUGCAACAGCUCAAGUCGAUCGUUGGCGUGAUGCAUGAGCGGUCCCUCGAGAUCUUCCAGCUGAAGAAGCAGGCUCUGGAGCAGGGCGAUGAAGCCGUCGCCCACCAGGUUGGCGAGGGCAAGGACAUCAUGAGUAUUCUACUCAAGGCAAACGUCGAGGCAUCGCAGGAGGAUAAGUUGCCGGAGGAGGAGAUCCUUGCCCAAAUGUCCACAUUCAUCCUAGCGGGAAUGGACACUACCUCCACUGCAAUGUCCAUCACGCUCACCAUUCUGUCUCAACACCCGGAGGUGCAGAAAAAGCUCCGGAACGAGAUCUUGGAGGCCUCCAAAGGGGAGCCGCUUGAGUACGACGCCCUCGUCUCCCUUCCCUACCUGGACGCAGUCUGCCGGGAGACCUUGCGUCUCUACGCCCCCGUCGCUCAGGUGUUCCGCGAGACUCGAGAGGACGUGGUGAUGCCUCUAUCGCACCCUAUCCGAGGUGUGGACGGCAAGACGAUACACGAGAUCUUCGUCCCUAAGGACACCGUCGUCGCCGUCGGUCUCCUCGCGUCCAAUCGCAACAAGGCCAUCUGGGGCGAGGAUGCAGAAGAGUGGAAGCCCGAGCGUUGGCUGUCGCCCCUGCCCGGAAGCGUCACUGAAUCCAAGAUUCCAGGCAUCUAUUCAAACCUUAUGACUUUCCUGGGAGGUGGUCGCGCUUGCAUUGGAUUCAAAUUCUCGCAGCUCGAGAUGAAGGUUGUACUGUGUCUCCUUCUGUCGAAGUUCACAUUCGCACAGUCCGACAAGAAGGUGAAUUGGGUCUUGUCUGGGGUCCGUUUCCCGAUCGUAGGCAACAGCCCGAAGCCGUCAAUGCCUCUGAAAGUAGGGCUGUACAAGGGGCCUGUUCCUGCAUAAGUAAUAAUUCCUGUCACGUAACAAUGUCGAUAGCGAUCAGCCUCUUGAGCUGCACCUUCCUGCUACCUCGAGCCAGUCAAGUUGCUUACCUCGCUUUCGAAACUUCGCCUCCAGCGGUGCUUCUGACGCCCCUGGUGAUUUAGCAGUUGUCAUGCAAGACGCUAUUAUGAAGGGGCUGAUGCGAUGAUGGGGUCCACUGCGAUCAUUUCUCAGGGUUUCACAGCAUGGGAGAAGUCCAUCGAGUUCAGAUAUGAGCGCCUCCCAGGACACCACAGCUCUUCGGCUUCCUCUGCAUACUUCGCGAUCGGCAGACGUGGGCUGACAUGUUCUCCGACGAUGACGCACCGCUGUUUGGAAGAUUAGAGUCAACGACGUACCCAGGCCUUUGCUAUUGGCACGAUCGACAUUGCGAGUGCUGCUUCUCCGAUUGACAAGUGCAGAGGCUGACAUGGUGGUCGCUCCCCAGAUCCUCCGCCUUCCAUGUCAGCCUCUUGACCAGGUUAGCAUAUAAACCGACUCGAGGUCGAGUGCUUGGCCUUACCGCUUUCCACCUGCUUCCAUCGCUGCAUACCUGCUAUCGUCGCUCUACACCUGCUAUCGUCGCUCUACACCUGCUAUCAUCUCUCUGCGUCGACUCUUGUCUACUUUUCCAUCGCCGUGACCUCGUUCUGCAUCCG